AUGGCGGACAGCUUCAGAAAUGCGAUGAUCAACCGAUCGCUGCGCGACAUCAAGAACAACCUCGAGUUCCUCGUCGAAUCCAACGUCAUCACCUCGGCCCAGCACGACACCAUCGCCUCGCAACUGCCCGUCAGCGCCGAAAACAGCUCGCGCGCGCUCCCCGCCGUGCCAACCGCACAACUCUCGUCGCUAGCCAUCAAGAGCGAGCCCACGCCUCCCCCGGAGAAGAAGAACACAAACAUUGGAUACUAUGCCGACAACACCGCCAACGCCCCGCCGCCUGCCUACCCCUCGGUCCCCGCUACCCCCGCCGGUCCCCCAGUCCUCGCCUAUGCCUCAGCAAUGUACCAGUACAACGCCCAAGACGCCGGCGACCUGGCCCUCAUGCCCAACGACAAGGUCCACGUUACCGAGUACAUGAACAACGAGUGGUGGAAGGGACGCAACGAGCGCACCGGCAUGGAGGGCAUCUUCCCCGCCAGCUACGUCCGCAAGGAGGAGAAGAGCGUCAUGCCUGCCUACACUCCCUCGGCGCCUGCUCCCAGCAAUUACGGUAACAUGCCCCUCGAUGUUGCGAGCAGUGCGCAAGCGGCGCCGCCUGCUGAGCCGAGCAAGAUGGAGGCCAACGGCAAGAAGUUUGGAAAGAAGCUGGGUAACGCUGCCAUCUUCGGUGCUGGUGCGACGAUUGGUGGUAACAUUGUCAACUCCAUCUUCUAG